CUCCACCGGCGGCGAUACCGUUUCCCUCCACCGGCGGCGAUAAUGGUGAUGACCAAACCAAAAUCAAAAGUCUGCAAUCCACAGUCCAACCAGUAACAAUGGUGCUCUCCAAGAUCUCCUCCCAAUCCGAUGUCUCCGUCCACUCUACAUUCGCCUCCCGCUACGUCCGCGAGUCCCUCCCGCGCCCACCUCUUCAACGCCCCAUCUCGGCAACUUUCUUCCCCCAACAGAGCGCGGCGGCGGCGCCGAAUCCGAACGUGUUCUCGAUUUCGCUCGCGGGUCCGCAGGGGCAGAUCGUCGGCGGCAUUGUGGCUGGGGGUUUGGUGGCUGCUGGGACGUUGUUCAUCAUCCGAAGGGAGGAGCUCCGGAUCCGGCGGCGGAAUAGGUGGGGGUGGAGAAGCAGGGGGCUUCGCCUGCGAUUUCUGGCGCCGGCGGAGGAGAUUCGGCUGGGGAUGGCGGGUUGCAGCAGCUGGCGUACAGCGAGGUGAUGUGGCCGGCCAAUUACAUUUUAGUACCUGAAGUUUUUAAGAAGAUACAAAUAGGUUCAACAUCAUAUGUGGAAAAUUAUAUUUUAGUACAUUAAAAAUUUUGCUUUACA